AUGGCUAUUCGCAGUUAUUUUAUUACAAAAGAUCCGUACAGUGGAUGGAAAAUAGGUGGAUUUUCUGUAUUUGAUUCAGAGGGAAAAGAUUUGCUUUAUCAUAUAAAAUCCUCUUAUUAUUACUUUGAAAGAAGAAUCGAAUUAUCUGAUCUUUCUUCAGAACAAAUUAUUGCAACAUUAACAUAUUCAUUUAGUAUUUUCAGAGUAAAGCAAGCUGAGCUUUCAAUUUUGAAUUUGUCUUCUAAUGAAUGGAUAAAUGGUACAGUUGAAAAUAGUUUUCCUGCAUUUCAUUAUGAAUAUAUUAUCAAAUGGAAUGUACAAAGCAUUUUAAUGAAAACGAAUUUUUUGUCAACAUUAACAACAUUUCGAUAUGAAAAUCAUCGUAAAAUUUUGGCAACGCUCAAAAAACGUGUUUUUUCAUCUUUUUGGCAAAAUAAAUAUGAUUUACAGAUAUUUUCCGACGAUUUGACCGAUACAUUUUAUUUUCUUCUACUUACAAUUACAGAUCAAAAUUACGAACUUGAUUCCGAAGACUAA